AUGGCAGAUUUGUAUGAGAUAAUUGAAAACAAGCGGAAGUAUUGGGACAAAAAGUCUUGCUCUUCCCCCGCUGAAUGGUUCGAUAAACUCGACCGCACUUGCACAGUUUAUGUAGGUAACCUAACUUUUACCACCCCUGAAGAAAGAAUUCACCAGGUUUUUAGAAUGGUUGGCCAAAUUGAUCACGUGACUAUGGGCCUAAACAGCGUAACACUCAGUCCUUGCGGCUUUGCUUUUGUCACGUACAAAGAUUCCGAACAUGCAAAACAAUCCGUCCAUGCAUUGAAUGGCUGUUAUAUCGAUGGAAGGGUCAUCAGAGUUGAUCUAGACGCAGGGAAUGGCGUUGAUGAUAAUAGGAAACUAGCACGCGGCCUCGAUGGCAAUCAAUGGCGGGAUGCCUUUAGGGAUGACUUUGAUAUCGCAAGGGGGGGAAGUGGCCUGGGAAUUAGUCCAGAAUCUCUGAAUAAUUAUAACCGCAAUUUUAAAAAACAGAGACGUUAG